GAGAGAGAGAGAGAAGAGUUAGCAAGCUAUGGGAGAGAGAGAAGAGGGAACAAGCGCAUUUGAAUCAGCUGUUUCAAUAUGACAGCUAAUCCGGGUCGCAGUGCGUAAUGCAACUCGGUUUGUAGUGGAAUGAUCACGAGAUAUAUAUAUAUCGUGUUGCGAUAAGUAGAGAUAAACUUUGAAAAAAUGACCACGAGAAACUUAACUGAACCCUUCAUUUUAAUGCGAAAUAAUGCCCUGCAGAGCAAGCAUAUUUAUGCCGAACAGAAUUUCACCGAUUGUGAAAUACUGGUCGAGUCGGAUUCUAACGGAUCUGAUAAUGUCGAACUGAAGGGUAUGAAUGUAGAUAGUAAUGCACCACCUGCAUGGGCAGAUGCCUUGGAAGAGACACAAUACAUUCUAAGUAGAUUACGAGUGAAGAUAGACAGUUUAGUCGAGUUGCAUUCUAAACAACUUACCAGGCCCACCUUGGACGAUACUUCUCAGGAAGAACGACAAAUGGAGCAACUGACACGAGAGAUCGGACGUGCAUUCUCCAAUGGCUACAGACAAGUACAAACAAUUAAAUCAGCUGGCAGGCAUGAAACUAAGCCUGCAGAACGUCGGCUAGCUGCCAGUGCAGUAAUGGCCCUUUCAACUGCCUUACAGGAGUUAGGUCUUCGAUAUAGAGCAGCGCAGAAUCAUUAUCUGACACAGAUAAAGUCAAGGGAGGAGAGGAACAAUCAAUUUUUCACAGAAGACCAGUCUCUUCUAAAUAAUGUAUCAACUGAUUCUUGGUUGAUAGAACCGAAUGAGGCUAGUGAUUAUUGGCAAAAAAGUGAGCAAAGACAGGACUCGGUUUUGUUGCAGUUGGAAGAGUCUGAAGAUAGAAUGAAAUUAGCGAUGGAAAGAGAGGAACAGAUCGGGAAUAUAGUUCACAGUAUAGGAGAUUUAAAAUAUAUUUUUAAGGAUCUUGCAGUGAUGGUACAGGAUCAGGGUACUAUUUUAGAUCGCAUCGAUUACAACAUCGAGCAAACGCAAGUACAGGUACAGGAAGGUUAUAAACAAUUAAAAAAAGCUGACUCGUAUCAAAAGGCUAAUAAAAAAUUGUAUUGUAUCGUGAUUCUCGCGGCUGCUAUUAUAUUACUUAGCUUUUUGUUCGUCAUAUUUAAAACGUAGAAUCAAGGAUAGCUAGAAUCUAGGAUAACUAGAAUAAAAAUUGAUGUAAAAAUAUACUUGUAUUUAUCAAUGUGUUCCAUAAAAUGAAAUGUCUUUGUAAAGAGAGCCCGUUGUAUAUAAUGAUGGAAAGCGAUUUUUUUUAAAUAUGUGAAAUUUUUCUCAAAUUAUUGUCGAAAAUUAUAUUUAUAAGAUUACAAUGUCUGUUCAUUCUAUCUGUUUAUAAAUUAAUCUAAUGGAAUUAUUCGAUAAUAAAUGUGACAUUAAUUUUUUUCGAUGUUAACUUUGUAAAUUAAUUUAUAAGAUACAGUCUCUUGUAAUAAGACCUGGAAUUUUAUUAAUAUUCCGUUUUAAUUCAUAAUCUGUAUUAUGAAUAAUCGCUAAAAUCAGGUUUGUAAUAAAUAGAAUAAUUAUUUA